GAGAGACUAAACCCUGAGCUUUAAUUUUCCUUGGCUUAUUGUCUGCAGUGAUGCAGCUCGCUCUACCGACACGUUAGAGCCCGUUCUGGCUGACCGGCGGGGGAGCCCGGUGCAAGCUGUGAUCAGGAAAGAUGGAUCUCUGUCCGACCGACCCCUCUCCUCUCCCCAACCGGGUGAUCGCUCCCCCGUUUGGGCCUGACUCAACGCCCCCCGAGCCGACUUCUCAACCGAGCCGACAGUGACCCAGAAGACCCUAACGUGCCCUCGGUCCAUUGAGACCGUCGACUCUUCGUCUUAUUUCAUUUUUUUUUUCACUUCAACCCGCCUCCCCCACCAACUACCGCCCGCACGCACUUUUCCCGGCUCUCUCCUGGAUGGGAAAUCGAGGAAGAUGGAUCAGAUCUUGCCAGGGUGGAUGUCUCUCCUCUGGUUAACAGCGGCGGUUCAGGGCCUGCAGGUCUCGGUGCCCGAGAAGAAGAAAGUGGCCAUGCUGUUCCAACCGGCCCUGCUCCGCUGCCGCUUCUCCACGUCCUCCCGCCAGCCUGCCGUCGUGCAGUGGAAGUUCAAAUCCUACUGCCAGGACCGCACGGGCGAAGCGCUGGGCAUGGCCAACGCCCGCGCCCAGGCCCUGAGCAAGAGGAACCUGGAGUGGGACCCGUUGGUGGACUGCGUGGACAGCAGACGCACCGUCCGCGUCGUGGCCUCCAAGCAGGGCUCCGCCGUGACCGUCGGGGACUUCUACAAGGGCAGAGAGGUCACCAUCGUCCACGAUGCGGAUCUUCAGAUCGGGAAGCUCAUGUGGGGAGACAGCGGGCUUUAUUACUGCAUCAUCAUCACCCCCGACGACGUGGAGGGCAAGAAUGAGGAUGCGGUAGAACUCCUGGUGUUGGGCAGGACAGGGCUGCUUGCUGAUCUCUUGCCCAGUUUUGCUGUGGAUACUAUGUCAGAGUGGGUGUUCGUCGGCCUGGUCAUCCUGGGAGUCUUCCUCUUCUUCCUGCUGGUGGGCAUCUGCUGGUGCCAGUGCUGCCCGCACAGUUGCUGCUGUUACGUCCGUUGUCCGUGUUGCCCGGAUUCCUGCUGCUGCCCCAGGGCUUUGUAUGAAGCGGGCAAAGCCGCCAAGGCCGGGUACCCUCCUGCCAUCUCCAGCACCCCCGGUCCGUACUACAUUCCCUCCGUCCCCGUGGGCAGCGUCUCCUCUUCGGCCAUGCUGAUGGACAAGCCCCACGCGCCUCCCCUCGCCCCGAGCGACUCCGUUGGAGGAAGCCAGAACGCCGUGCGCAAAGGCUACCGGAUCCAGGCCGACAAGGAGAGGGACUCCAUGAAGGUCCUGUACUACGUCGAGAAAGAACUGGCUCAGUUCGAUCCGGCCAGGAGGAUGCGAGAGAGAUACAACACCACCAUCUCCGAGCUCAGCUCCCUGCACGAGGACGACGGGAACUUCCGCCAAUCUUACCGGCAGACGCGGAGAAAGCCGCCCUGUGGCCCGGGGGAACUGGAGGGGGACCCCGAGUAUUGGACGGGCGUCGUGGGGGGUCCCGGCAGGGCCCCCUCGGGCUCCGAUUACAGCCGGGAUGAGAGGGAGAGCUUCAGGCAAAGCCAACAGAGGUCCAAGUCGGAGAUGCUGUCCCGCAAGAACUUCGCCCUGGGGGUCCCGGCCGUCUCCAUGGACGAGUUGGCGGCCUUCGCGGACUCCUACAGCCAGCGGUCCCGCCGGGGAGGGGGCGGCGGCCAGGACCCCCGCGGGGGCGGCCGGUUCGAGCGGUCCGAGUCCCGGGGGCCCUCGGGGCCGGGGCCGUGCCAGGACGGCUCGCUGGAGGGCUACUACAGCCAGAGGAGCCGGAGCCGAGAACCCCUGACGGACCCGGCCCGCGGCUGGGCCUACAGCCCGCCCCGAAAGCGGGCCGACGAGGACCAGCGCCUGCCCCGGCUCGUCAGCCGGACCCCGGGGGCCGGGCAGAUGUACGAACCCCCGUACCUGGGCGGGGUCCUGGAGAGGAAGGCCCGGCCCGAAGGCGGGAGCCUCGAGACGGCCUCCAGGCUCAGCUCGAGGCCCGGCCGGAGAGGGACCGGCUACUACGGCUGGUCGCCGCCGGGCACCUACAAGGCCGGGGGCCGGAAGCCGUCCCCCCCACGGCGGGGCGAGGAGGAGGAGGAGGAGGAGGAGGAGGAGAGGGAGGCGGAGGAGGAAGAGGAGGACGCCCUGCCGCCGUACAGCGAGCGGGAGCUGAGCCGCGGGCCUUCCUACCGGGCCCGAGACCCGCCGUCCUUCCGCAGCAACUCGGAGAAGAGGAGGAAAAAGGAGGUGCCCAGGAAAACUGUGAGGCCGUGUCUGGCGCUCCUGAUCCAAGUGGGAUGAGCGGGGGAACACCAGGCAGCGGACGUUUUCCAGGAACGAAUUUCCCACCAGGAUGUCCCUUGUGGUGUGACGUUCGUUUCCGAGACGGCUCCUCGGCGGAGGCGGACGGAGUGGGGGGGACCCGGACCGAGAUUCGCCGCCGUGGGACGGGCGGCGGAAACCCUGGAGGAUGCUGGUCCCGCUCCCUCGGGCCCGUCGGACCAACCCCGAACCAAUCGGGAAAUCCAGAGAGGGGGUGGUCCCGGCUGCCCCCCGCCCCCAGAGAGAAAAACGCCACCUUCCUGGGCCGCAACCUUUAUCCUCCACCGAGUGCUCUACCUACCGCUUCCCGGGACUCCCUCUGUCCUCCCCUGCUCUCCCAAAAUCCUCUCUGGCUCACGGGGUUUGGGAGCGCGUUACCAGUACCGUAGUCCUUCUCCUCCCGACUGGCAGGCUUUCCGCUAGCGGGUCCAGAUGACCUUGAGUCCACGCCCCCACACCUCCCAUCCCCUCCCCGUAUCGCCGACGUCGGGAAAUUAAAAUCCAUAACCCGGGCCGACGGCCUGACGGGUUUACGGCGGCUCUCGGUGGCUAUACCAGACCAACGGAGCGGUCGUAAUUCUGCUCCCUGCAUUUCGUUCUGAUCUCUCACUCGUGUUGCAGCUGGGACGAAAUGCCAGGGAGUCGAGCCUUUUGGAAAAUCGUCUACCCCAGCGCUCAGUCCGGUGCCUGGCGCAUAAUAAGCGCUUAACGAAUACCAUUACGAAGUCAGCCCCGAAGGGGAUAAAGGUUCCUAUAUUCCGCCUAAUCACGUGACCCACAACCAGCUGGGCCUUGACGGCCCAAGGGUCAGGAUGGCCUAAGCUUCCCUAGUUUGACAUCGCAAGCAGAACCUCGCUGUCACCGGUUUUCUGGCUGUGAUGUCAUCAGGCAACUAGGCAGAACCUCAGGCAAAUAAGGAAGAAAGGAUGCAGGGAGGGAGGAGGGGAAAUAAGGGUGGGCAAGAGAGACCAAAUGGGGUGAGAAACUGGGAGAAAAGCUUUAAACACUGCUUCCCUCCGACACCAAACAAAUGACCGCAUUCUCCAUUCUCCUUUUCUGCAUGCACGUUCGUGUUCCCUCUCGCUUUUCCGCUCUCCGCUCAAGUCCGGGGUGGUAGAGCCGGGCGCACCUUGGCCAUGGAAGCAGCGGUCCCGGUGGGUCUCGGAAAAAGGGAUCUCUCUUUCUCCCCGCCGUGAUUUGAACAAUCGUGUCUGUGUAAGAUCCACGCCUGGUCCUCUCCCUGCCUACCUUCCCGGAGUUCCACUGAGAUGGCUCGGCCCUUCACCACGACAGUCAACCCGAGUCCCCCGAACUCUCUACCAGCCCCGCCACCUGCGUCGUUCCAUCGUACGUCCCGCUCACCGGUGAGGCGAUCCACAGCGUCGGACCCACACGAGGCUUCGGGAGGGCUUAUCGGAUGAGGCGUGGUAAAACCCAUCCCUGAAAUGCCCCCUCUACCGCCCCGGGAGAGGGAGGAGGACUUCCGCUGGGCCCUGCUUGCCCGAAAUUUACCGGGUCCGUUGGUCUCUGGAAAGGUGGUGGCCAAAAUGGCGGGAGCUGCCUGCUGCUCUUCAUGCUCUGAAGUGAUCCAGUCCUAUCGCCACAAAACCACAGAUCAUGGUUCGCCCCUUCAGGCUUCAGCAACUCUGUCGUUGCCCCUCAGCGUCCCGGUACCCCAAAGUCACCGGUACAGGGGAACGUCCCAUCGUCACGAAGCCACGAGCCCCGUUGCCUUCAGAGUGACUCUUCCCAGCCUUCCCUGUCAGGUGGUCGGACGUCAAGGGGAUUCCACCACUCGGAGUUUUGAGAGGGGAAGAGGAGUUGGACAGGGCCACCCCCUCCUCAUUCGGCCUUCCUGGAGAAGUAGGUCGCCCGGGAUUGAACCACAGAGCCUACCGGCCCUCGGGUGCCGGAAUGGCUCCGGACUGCAGUUCCAAAGCUCUGAGAGAUCCGGGGAAGGGUUCGACUUCUCCAUUUCUCAAACUUCGUCUCUGCUCACGGGUCUCGUGGCCUCCGAGAGGCCGCCUGGGAAAGAAGACAAGUAUCUUUUCCCCGGCUCCUCCUGCGGAAGCGGGCAACUCGACCGUCGUAUUAUCUCUUCCAACCGAGCACUGUGUCAGCCUUCUCACCAUCUCCGAGGUCCUUUUACCAACUGCGGAGACCAGAAAUAUUGCUUUUAUUAGAAGGUGGCUUCGAGACGCUGUCAGGGAGCAAGGGAGAGAGAGAAUUAAUAUCUUCUUGGAAGCCUUCGUCUCCUAGAGCAUUUUUGAAGACAAUCUCAGGUUUAUGAAACAACUAGGGGAAGCAGAAUACACUUUGUCCACACUCCACUGCUGGACUACAUCAAUAAUCCAGUUUUUCCAGCCCCAUCGCCCGAGAGAGAAAGCAAUAUACAACGGGCCAUGGGCACCGCUGGAGGCAAAAGGGAGGAUGGGAAAGGUGUUUUCCUGACCAGGGUACAAUGAGUGGCCAAUCAUUCCAUCAGUGGUAUUUACUGAGCACUUACUGUGUGUACAGCACUGUACUAAACGCUUAAGAGAGGACCAGAUGACAGAGUCGGUUGACACCCCUGUCCACAAAGAGCUCCCAGUGGAGAGGACACCGACAUGAGUAUAAAUAAAUCAUUCGUAGAUGUGUACGUAAGUGAGAUGGGGCUGAGGGUGGGGUGAAAUCCCUCAAGUGCUUUGCUGGGAACAAAAAAUGGCAGGUGACUCGUAAGCCACCAUCCUGUCCUCUUUCACUGUUGGUCAAUAUGUCAAUCCGUAGCAUUGACUGAGCUGCUACUUUAUGCAGAACACUGUAUUAAGUGCUUGGGACCGGACGAUAGAGGAGGAAAAGAGAUCAUUCUUGUCCUCAAGGAGUUUGCAAUCUCCUGGAGAAGACGGACAACAAAUACCUUGUAUCUACCUUAGCGCUUGGAACAGUGUUCGGCACACAGCAAGCGCUUAACAGCAGAAGAAGAAAAAGAAGAAGAAAAGUAAGAGAGACGGCUAAGUGAAUAAGCAUUUAAAGAGUAGAAUAUGUUGAUAGAUCCGGAAAAAGCAUUACGGGGAAUGGUGAGUGAAUGGGAAACGGGACGUGAAGCAGAGAAAAUUAAACUUUUUUAGGGCA